GGAGGUGAUGGAGAGAUCGUAGCUGAGCUUUGUUUAUGACCAACAUGAGCUGGAGUUUCCUCACCCGUCUCCUGGAGGAGAUCCACAACCACUCCACAUUCGUGGGGAAAGUGUGGCUGACGGUCCUCAUCGUGUUCCGCAUUGUGCUGACGGCGGUGGGCGGAGAGUCCAUCUACUCCGACGAGCAGUCCAAGUUCACCUGCAACACCAAGCAGCCUGGCUGUGACAAUGUCUGCUACGACUCGUUCGCCCCGCUCUCGCACGUCCGCUUCUGGGUCUUCCAGAUUAUCAUGAUCUCCACGCCGUCCGUCAUGUACCUCGGGUAUGCCAUCCACAAAAUCGCCCGUGCCGCCGAGGAUGAUGAGGAGAAGAUAAAAAAAUGGCACAGGAGGAAACUCAGGAGCAGAUGGAGGGAUGUGGAUCGGAUGGAGGAAGAAGACGAUGAUGGCGAAUGUGAUGACAUGGAACCGAUGAUGUACAGUGAUACGCUGGAGCUCCAGGAAGCCAAAACAGAGAUGGAGAAAAACUCAAAAAGAGAGGCCACAAAGCACGACGGCCGUCGCAGGAUCAUGCAAGAAGGUCUGAUGAGGAUUUAUGUACUCCAGCUCAUAUCUCGUGCCAUUUUCGAGGUCUUCUUCCUGGUGGGUCAGUACCUGCUGUAUGGAUUCCGUGUCAAUCCCUCAUACGUGUGCGAUGAAAUUCCCUGUCCUCAUCACGUCGACUGCUUCGUGUCUCGUCCCACCGAGAAAACCAUCUUCCUGCUCGUCAUGUACGUGGUGAGCUGCCUCUGUUUGCUGCUCAACGUCUGCGAGAUGUUCCACCUCGGCAUCGGCGCAUUCCGAGACAUGCUCAGAAGACGCCGGAUCCGCAACCGCAGUCUUCCCUCCUGCACUUUUCCGUAUUCUCGUAAUAUUCCGGCAUCACCCCCGGGAUACAAUUUUGUGGUUAAAUCGGAGAAAACGGGCCACCAGAACCAAAACGGUGUCCUCUCUCAUCAACAGAAUCAGAACAGCAUCCUCUCUCAUCAACAGAACCACAAUGGUGUCAUCUCACACAACCAGAACCAGGACCAGGAUCAGAACUGCGCCAGUCUGGAUGAAAAUGUGCCGCCGGACCUGGCAAGUUUACACCAUCAUCUGCGCGUGGCGCAGGAGCAGCUGGACAUGGCGUUUAGGACCUACAGUGCCAAAAGCACUCCCAUGUCCAGAACCAGCAGCCCAGCAUCGGAGCAGAACCGGGUCAACUCGGAACAAGAAAGACAGGGAGCAAGGCCCAAAGCUGAUCUUGGGAGAACUGGGACUAUAGUGAGGAACGGGAAAACUUCUGUGUGGAUUUAG